AUGAGUGCCAUACUUUCCGCAGAUGAUCUUAAUGAUUUCAUUUCCCCAGGUGUAGCCUGUAUCAAGCCGGUGGAGCUGCAAGCUACAGAAACGGCUGGCGAGGUGGAAAUCCAGAUCGAUGAGAACGGAAAGCCGCUCCAAAUAUCGAAAAUCGACGGGAAAAUCUCGGCUCUUGCACCCGCUCAAAUUUCGUUGUCUGAUUGUUUAGCAUGCUCUGGUUGCAUUACUUCUGCUGAGGAGGUUCUUGUUGCUCAGCACAGUCAUGAUCAAUUUUUGAAAGCCAUCAAGGAAGGUAACAAGACUUUCGUUGCCAGCAUAUCUCAUCAGCUGCGUGUUUCCUUGGCCCAAGCCUAUGGAUAUUCCUUGGAAGAAAUGGACCGUAUCCUUGUUCACUUCUUCAAGGACCAAAUGGGUUUUGCAUUCGUGGUAGGUACAGCCUUGGGUAGAAAACUCUCGUUGUUAGAGGAGUCUGCGCGAACCAUCAAGAGCAAAUUGGCUAACGGAUCAGAUCAUAAACCUAUUCUCAGCUCAAUCUGUCCUGGUUGGGUUCUCUACGCUGAGAAGACACAUCCUCAUGUAUUGCCGUAUCUCUCGCUGGUCAAAUCUCCGCAACAAAUUACAGGUUGUCUAUUGAAAAGUUUGGCCGCAGAGGAAUUGGGUUGCUCGCGGUCUGAUAUCUAUCACCUAUCAAUCAUGCCAUGCUUCGACAAGAAGUUGGAGAGCGCCAGACCAGAGGAGGACGAUGCGAGCUUGCCCGGUCCAGACGUAGAUUGUGUCUUGACCGCUAAGGAGCUCGUGCAAUUGUUGGAAAUUUCAGAUUAUGAGCUUAUCCCAAGCAAAUCAUUGGAUGCUUCGCAACCUAUCACUCAAUUGUAUUCUUCCUGUGCUCCUCGGGGCUGGCCCUUAAAGGAGUUAUCCUGGUCCAAUGAUUCGGGAUCUGAGUCUGGUGGUUACGGCUACAAUUAUAUUUAUUCUAUGAGGGAUUAUCUUUUAAAAAGCGAAUCUUCAUACACUGCUGAGAAUUUUUCCAUCCAUCAAGUCGAGGGACGAAACAGUGACAUUCACGAGCUUCGGCUAAUGUAUGACGGGAAGAAAGUUGCUUCGGCCGCAAUAGUGAACGGGUUCAGAAACAUUCAAAACCUUGUUCGAAAGCUCAAGCCAUCUACAGGUCCAACAGUGAAGGCUAAUCCUCUUGCAGCAAGAAGGAGGGCCAGGAUCAAUGCCAAGAGUGCAUCAUCUCUGCCAUCUCCGGCUCCAGAAGAAGCUGCAGAUGCAUCUAAGGCGGAUUAUGUGGAGGUCAUGGCUUGCCCGAGCGGAUGCAUUAAUGGUGGUGGUCAAAUUUCAAGACCUCAAGAAGUAUCUGAAAGGGAGUGGUUGGCUCAAGCAAAGCACCUCUAUUGGAAUAUUGCGACAGCAGAUGUCUUAGAAGACAAUUCUUUGGGGGACAUGUUGAGAGACUGGAGUACAGAAUUUCAAGAUAAAACUUCGCUCCCGAAAGCUAGAUUGUAUGAUACACACUUCAAUGAAGUGGAAAAGCCGCAAGAUGCAGCCACUAUCAUGUUGGGCUCCAAAUGGUAA